AUGCACAGCCCCGGCGCUGAUGGGACCCAGGUGAGCCCAGCUGCCCCCUGCUCCAGCCCCCCCGUCAUAGGCUGGCCCAGGCCCCGCGCAGACACGCCAGGCCCUCAGCCCCAGCCCAUGGACCUGCGGGUGGGCCAGCGGCCCCCGGUGGAGCCCCCGCCGGAGCCCACACUGCUGGCCCUGCAGCACCCCCAGCGCCUCCACCACCACCUCUUCUUGGCGGGCCUGCAGCCCCAGCGCUCCGCAGAGCCCAUGCGGCUCUCAAUGGACACGCCGAUGCCCGAGUUGCAGAUGGGGCAGCAGGAACAAGAGCUGCGGCAGCUUCUCAAUAAGGACAAGAGCAAACGAAGUGCCGUGGCCAGCAGUGUGGUCAAGCAGAAGCUGGCAGAGGUGAUUCUGAAGAAACAACAGGCGGCCCUAGAGAGAACGGUCCAUCCUAACAGCCCCAGCGUCCCCUACAGAACUCUGGAGCCCUUGGAGACGGAGGGAGCUGCCCGUUCCAUGCUCAGCAGCUUCCUGCCUCCUGUUCCCAGCCUGCCUUGCGACCCCCCAGAACACUUCCCUCUGCGCAAGACAGUCUCCGAGCCCAACCUGAAGCUGCGCUACAAGCCCAAGAAGUCCUUGGAGCGGAGGAAGAACCCGCUACUCCGGAAGGAGAGUGCCCCUCCCAGCCUUCGGCGGCGGCCAGCAGAAACCCUCGGCGACUCCUCCCCUAGUAGUAGCAGCACACCGGCAUCAGGGUGCAGCUCCCCCAACGACAGCGAGCAUGGCCCCAACCCCGUCCUGGGCUCUGAGGCGCUCUUGGGCCAGCGGCUGCGGCUGCAGGAGACCUCUCUGGCCCCGUUCGCCUUGCUGCCCACAAUCACACUGGGGCUGCCCGCCCCUGCCAGGGCUGAUGGUGACCGCAGGACCCAUGCAACUCUGGGCCCUCGGGGCCCAGUCCUGGGGAGCCCCCAUGCUCACCUCUUCCUGCCCCAUGGCCUGGAGCCCGAGGCUGGGGGCCCCCUGCCCUCUCGCCUGCAGCCCAUUCUCCUCCUGGAUCCCUCAGUGUCUCACACCCCUCUGCUGACUGUGCCCGGGCUUGGGCCACUGCCCUUCCACUUGGCCCAGUCCUUACUGACCACCGAGCGGCCCUCUGGAUCAGGCCUCCACCGGCCACUGAGCCGGACCCGCUCAGAGCCCCUGCCCCCAAGCGCCACUGCCCCCUCACUGCUGGGCCCCCUGCAGCCCCGCCUGGAGCGGCUCAAACCUCACGUCCAGCUGAUCAAGAGGUCAACCAAGCCGAGUGAGAAGCCCCGACUGCGGCAGAUACCCUCGGCUGAGGACCUCGAGACGGACGGCGGGAGCGUGGGGCCACUGCGGGAUGACAGCCUGGAACACAGGGAGUCCAGCCAUGGGCAGCAGGAGGCCAGAGGCCCUGUUCCUCUCCAGCAGCACCAGCAGGUGUUCCUCUGGGAGCAGCAGCGACUGGCCGGGCAGCUCCCCCGAGGAGCCACUGGAGACUCUGUGCUGCUUCCCCUGGCCCCGGGCAGUCACCGGCCCCUGUCCAGGGCUCAGUCGUCCCCGGCUGCACCUGCCUCGCUGCCGACUCCAGAGCCCGCCAGCCAGGCCCGUAUCCUGCCUAGCUCAGAGACCCCUGCCCGGACCCUGCCCUUCACCACGGGGUUGGUCUAUGACUCGGUGAUGCUGAAGCACCAGUGCUCCUGCGGGGACAACAGCAGGCACCCAGAGCACGCGGGCCGUAUCCAGAGCAUCUGGUCGCGGCUGCUGGAGCGGGGGCUCCGGAGCCAGUGUGAGUCUCUCCGGGGCCGGAAGGCCUCCCUGGAGGAGCUACAGUCGGUGCACUCUGAACGGCACGUGCUCCUCUAUGGCACCAACCCGCUCAGCCGCCUCAAACUGGACAACGGGAAGCUGGCAGGCCUCCUGGCACAGCGGAUGUUCGUGAUGCUGCCUUGUGGCGGUGUUGGGGUGGACACUGACACCAUCUGGAAUGAGCUGCACUCCUCCAAUGCGGCCCGCUGGGCUGCUGGCAGCGUCACCGACCUCGCCUUCAAAGUGGCCUCCCGUGAGCUAAAGAACGGUUUUGCUGUGGUUCGGCCCCCAGGACACCACGCAGACCAUUCCACAGCCAUGGGCUUCUGCUUCUUCAACUCAGUGGCCAUCGCCUGCCGGCAGCUGCAACAACAGGGCAAAGCCAGCAAGAUCCUCAUUGUGGACUGGGACGUUCACCAUGGCAACGGCACCCAGCAGACCUUCUACCAGGACCCCAAUGUGCUGUACAUCUCCCUUCAUCGCCAUGACGACGGCAACUUCUUCCCUGGCAGUGGGGCUGUGGAUGAGGUGGGAGCUGGCAGCGGUGAGGGCUUCAAUGUCAACGUGGCCUGGGCUGGAGGUCUGGACCCCCCGAUGGGGGAUCCUGAGUACCUGGCUGCCUUCAGGAUAGUCGUGAUGCCCAUCGCCCGGGAGUUCUCUCCAGACCUGGUCCUGGUGUCGGCUGGAUUUGAUGCUGCCGAGGGUCACCCGCCCCCACUGGGUGGCUACCAUGUUUCUGCCAAGUGUUUUGGGUACAUGACUCAGCAGCUCAUGAGUUUGGCCGGAGGUGCGGUGGUGCUGGCCCUGGAGGGUGGCCAUGACCUCACAGCCAUCUGUGAUGCCUCCGAGGCCUGUGUGUCUGCUCUUCUGGGCAACAAGGUGGAUCCCCUCUCAGAAGAAGGCUGGAAGCAGAAACCCAACCUCAACGCCAUCCGCUCCCUGGAAGCUGUGAUCCGAGUGCACAGUGAAUACUGGGGCUGCAUGCAGCGUCUGGCCUCCCGUCCAGACUCCUGGGUGCACAGGGUGCCAGGGGCCGACGCAGAAGAAGUGGAGGCAGUGACGGCGCUGGCAUCCCUCUCUGUGGGCAUCCUGGCUGAAGAGCGGACCUCAGGGCAGCUGGUGGAGGAGGAGGAACCCAUGAAUCUCUGA